AGCCUGGGCCCUGGGAGCCGUCUGCCUCUGGACGCCAGGAUGAAGCCAGGGGCCCUCUUGCUGCUUGUGGGCUCCGUGGCCCUCUGGACGGGGCUGCCGGCUGCACCACCCCGAAGUAGUGAGUACCGGCUGUUGCUGAGCACAGGGACUUCUGGACAGCCCCCUCUUCCCCCCAGCGGUGCCCCUGGGGAAGCUCCCCAGGACAAGAUCUCGCAGAAGGAGGAAGCAAAGCUGGCAUGCCUGAUGGGCCAAGAGCCUGAGGUGGCCCAGAAGAGCCCUUUGCCCCAGGGGAAGGAAAGUGAAGAGCCACAGCCUGGCAAGGAAGGCAGCCUUCGCCCCGAGGCAGCAGGUCCAGCCCCCCCUGGAAAGCUUCUCUGUAAAGAGAAGCCACAGCCGGAAAGGCCCCCUGUAAAUAACUUGGAAGUUGAAUCUUCUGGGAGUCCCAGAUCAGUUGAAAAGCCCCAAGGGGCAUCUGAGAAGGACCCCUCCCUGGACACCUGGACUCAGCUGGGAGGAGCUCCUGCCAAGCCCAGCUCUCUUGGCAGAUCCAAGUUGGCUUCCAAGCCAGCAUUGCCCAAUCUGGAAACCUGGAACCCAGUCUGGGAUCCCAGUAAUGUGGCCACUUCUGGUGGGAAGCCAAACACUAGCAAAAAGCCCACUUCUAGCACCCCAGGUGACAAGCCCACGCCUGGAAUGGGGAAGGCCACCCCAACAGAGAAGCCGGUUCCUGGCUCUGGACACACCAUCCAGGACAAGCCAAAACCAGCUUCGGCUGCUGGGCAUCACGUGGGCCCCACAUCUGGAGAGAAGCCAGCUCCUAACCGUGGCCCCGAGGCCCAUGGCAGGCCCGUCACUGGUGAAAAGCCCACACCUGGAGAGAAGCCGUCUUCCCAGGUGGGGCACGAGAAACGCCCGUCUGCCGACAAGGCAACUUCCUCUGAAAAGCCAGAAGAAGAUGGUGAGAGACCGGAAGCUGAGAAGGAGUCCAAACCUGAGAAAGAAGCUGAGGAGGGGAAGAAAACUGAGGAGGAGGAGGAAGGCCUCUUUGAGGAUGAUGAAGAAGAGGAGGAGGGGGAGAAGGGCAAAGAGAACGAAGGAAACCAAGAAGGAAACCAAGAUGGUGACGAUGCCUUUGACAAGGAACUGGAUUACGGAUUAAACACGUCUCCCUUUGACGCCUACUCCUACCACGAUGGCUGGAGCGACGAGGGGGCCGAAGAGGCCGAUCUUGGCUUGGUGGGAGAAAUGGCCGCUCUUCCUCAGGCUGGAGAUGCCAACAAUGAUGGGAAGCCAACAUUUGAUGCCUGGGGAGACCUUGUGGGAGGGUCGAGGCCCUAACGGCAGGCCCAGAAGCGCCUGGAAAGGGAUGGAGCCCAGGAAGGGGGAUUUGAAGCACAAUCUUGGGAGCUUUGAAGCUUUGAAGCUUUCAUUUUUAAACAAAUUAAAACUUCUAAUUUCAAUUUAAUUUGGAGCCAGGACAGUCCCUAAUAAUCUGUGUCGCAUCCAGCUGCUUCCAGACUCCUUGAUUUAUGACCACCAUUGAGCCCAAUGUUUCUGUUGCUAAGUGAGACAUUUGUUUUGUCCUGUUUUAUGAACCUUUCUUGCCACCGUUAAGUGAAUUACUGCAGUUGCUAAGUGAGUCACACGGUUGUUAAGUGAAUCUGGCUUUGACUUUGCUCGUCAGGAGGUCGCAAAAGGGGAUCACGUGACCUUGGGACAAUGCCACCGUCCUAAAUACGAACCAGUUGCCAAGCGCCUGAGUUUUGAUCCCAUGACCACAAGGAUGUUGCAACGGUCCCGAGCGUGAAAAAUGGUUAUAAGUCACUUUUUCCAGUGCUGUUGUAUGUUCUAACGAUCACUAAACAAAUUAUUGUAAGUCAAGGACUAUGUGCACUGCCUAAUACUGUUUUUUUCCUAUAAAUAUAUAUAUAUA